GAACAAUGAUUCAUUUUUAUGGCGAAAAAAAUGAUGAUGUUCUUUUUUUAUAUCUAUAGAUAAUCUAUUUAUAAAUAGAAAAUGUCAUGUCGAAGAAAAUUGCAGCAGCACUCGAAGAGUGCCACAAGUGAAUUGAAAUUCAAAUCACCUAUGUUCAUUUCUUCUCUCGGUUUUGUGAUAUAAUACUUCGAAUUUCGUGGUUAAGCUUAUUUAUUUUUAAGAGACAUAGAUAUUUUAUUUUUUAAGGACAAAAUAAUGACAAAACAAUUUUUUUUUUUUCGUUUUCAAUAUCUUUAACGUAUUUUUUUCUCCUCUUCGUGGAAUUGCAGGACAACAUGUUUUUCGUUCGUUUGAUUUACGUGUAAAAUGAAUAGAAAAGAAAUUAUCUAGUACAUUUGUUCAAUAAUCUAGUCAAUGCAAAAUUUUCCAAAGAAACGCGGUUCAGAAUUCGAUCAAAACUCUAGUCAAAAUCAAAAUUUACAAUCAGCUUUUGAAAACACUAAAAAGAUUGCCAAUUAAAAUGAACAACCUUGCAGAAUGGAUAACCGUUAACCAUAAAUAAAAUACAUAAUUGUAAUGUCUCCGUCUUUCGUUUUAUUUUGGACAGUGAAUGUUUAUUCGUGGAUGUAGUGUUUGAGAUAAACUUAAAAUUAAAACGCAACAUGUUGAUUUCAACGAGCUUUUUUUUUAAAACUAUUUCAACGCAGAUCCAUCACAUGGAACACACCUCAAAAUAUACAACAAAAGAAUAACAAUUUUUUCUUCUUUGUGUAUAAAAUAUUUCAUGGGAACUACCCAAGAAACAUUCAUGUAACGCAAUUUAGUCAUUUUUAACGUUAAAAGAUGUAACGUUUUCAGACUUUUUUUCCGUCAAAAUCGACUGAAAUUUCAGUGUAAACCAACUGUAUGAAUAUUGGGAACGAGAAAAUGUUAGAUUUUAAAUUAAAGAGAAAAGAAUUAUGUAUCAAUUAAUAGUGUUCACAAAAAUAGCAUAAAAUUCUAUGAUUUAAAUUGUUCAUGUUUUUGUUCAUGUAUUGAUCCAAAGAGAAUGAACUAAAUGGUGAGAGUAUAUUUUCAAAUUCAUUUCUUCUGAUUUUCAACGAUUACGUUUUAAAUUGUCCAGAGAUGGCAGGCAAAACUAAUGUAGUGAAUAUUCCCGCUAUUAGUGUUGGUUCAUUUUGAAGUUUGUUAUUGUAAACAAACCGCCGUUCACAAUUUCACCAUGUCAUGAAAUAUGAAUCUUUGCUUCGUUCGACUAAAUUCAUAUUGAACAGCCAGCAAAAGGGAAAAAGGUUUUGAUCCGUAGCCUGUGGAAGAAAUCUGCUGUCGAAAUAUCGUGAGCGUUUCGAUAUUUUAUCACGGUGUGCAGUGUUCGUGUCACAACCAAAUUCAGCUUGAUGUGUCAAACUGAUGCCGGUUGCACAUUCACAUUGAUCUGAACAUUUGGAAAGGGUUCAAUAAUGGGCAGAAAAAGGAUUGGGGCACAUGCCAUUCGUGGCAAUAGGUCGAAACCGCGGAAAGUUGAAGAUGGCAAGCAAAAGGAGGAGAAAGCAUACUUUGCAAUCAAGUUGGCCGCCACUAGUAUUGUUCGACCGGAAUAUCGUGAUCGUAUUCUGCCAUGGAUCACAAAAACCAGCAUAAAAUGCACCGAAAUAUCUGAAUUGGCGUCGCUUCUAUUCCUCAACAAAGUCAGAGCUGCCACUGAACAGGCCAUCAUCACCGGCAAUUGGGAAUAUUUCGACGAUGGCGAUGGAAUGCACAUCAUCGAAAAUUGCUUCUAUGCUGUGUUGCGGCGCUACAAGGAAGACAAUUUCAUUAUGGAUCCAUGGUUCCGGCAUUGCUUUGAGAAUGUGGACAUCGAGAAUCGCUCCGCAUGGCCAAACAAUGAUUACUUCGGCAACUUGAUGAAAUAUUUGUUCCAACAAUAUGGCCGUAAUGUUAAGACGAAUUUGGAUACACAUGCACAGAAACGAUUGCGGUAUUUCUUGAGAUUGAAGGCAUUCAGACAGAACUACACUAACCGGAUUCGUGGCCUACCGGACACAUACGAUGAACGAGAUGUGGCAAAUGCAGUGUCAUGGGCAAUCAAACGAUAUGACGCAACAAGAGGUGAUGCUAAUCGCUUGGCCAAACGAGAUCGAUUGUUGCGUUACGUUCGAGACAUUCGUGGACCAGCUGACGAUGAUAUCGCCAAAUUCACCAAAGACGAAGAUACAUGGUUUUCAUCAUUGCCAAUGUGGUUGAUCAUGCAAUCGGAAAUCGAAACGCACCUCAACUGGGUUGAACAACACCACGACAACAUCGUGCAAGUCAUUGCGUUGCCAAACAUCAAGAAUUUGGUGGUCAUCCCAAUCUGUCAUCACACGCGAAAGGCAGUGAGAAUAGACGCUGAUGUUUUGUAUCGUAUGAUGUGCGAAACCGGUACCAUUCCGCGUGAUGAAUAUGGUCGGCAACAUACAGUGGGCCACGUCACGUCAAAAUCAAAUCAAGCGUAUUAUUUCAAUAUGAUUUUUAACAUGGAGAAAAUCAAUCGAGUGUUGAAAGCAAACAAAAAAUUCGAACAUAUUCUCAGCGAUGGUGUAUCGGCAUCGAUUCUGUACACAGUGAAGAAAACCGUAGUCGACAAGUUAGUGGAAGAUGGUUUGGUGCGUAAACGGUACUCUGAUGGUUUCUAUGUCUAUGAAUUGGGCAUUGAUUGGGGCAUGAAGACGUGGAAUGCAACCGUUAGGCGACGGAUUAAUAAUGACAAAGAGCGAAUUCAUAAUGGCAAAGAGAUGAACUUCACAAUCAACAGCAAGAAGUAUCAUUAUGGGACCGGAGAAGGAGUGCGUAAAGAAAAGAGAGAGCGAUGGACUCGUGCCUUUGGGCAGUUCGAAGAGAGUGAUCGAAACAACCGAGCGCGAUAUGACCGAAUGCCAUCACCAAAAGGAAGCAAUUGGCGUGACUACAUACGGCAUCGAUUCACCAUCAUGAAGAAAGCCAUUGCAGUGUACACAACCGAAAAGUACACACGUUUAAGUUUUGAUCAUUACAUCGAGUCCAAUCGGGUCAGUGACAAGGUGGCCGCAAUGCUGACAAAUCGCAAACGAUGCAUCAUUAACAUUGGAGCUUCCCAACCACCUGCAAAUUCACCAAUACAGAUCAAGAAACACGUUCGAUGCCCGGGCGUGCGGAAAUUGGUGAAGAGUUUCAAGAAAAUGGGAGGCAAUGUCAUACGAUUUGUGAACGAAGCCAGAUCAUCACGAUUGUGUGCCAGAUGUUUCGAACCAUUUCCAUUGAGUACAUUGAACGAUCGUGUCAAGGUGUGUGAAUGGUGUAUGCCCGAUCAAGAUGAUUGGCCUGAUGGAAUGAAGCUACCAGAGAAAAUUGUAGCGGCAAAGAGCAAGCGGAAGUUACGAUCAGAGCGACGAGCGAUGCGACAAGCAGCAGUGCAGAAUCCAAAUCAACCCCGUGGUUUUGUGUCUAAGGUGAUUUGCUACCGUAAAAACUGGCAACAAAACGCGGCAAACGGUAUGGAUGACAAUGUUGAAGAGCGCAGAGGUGUAAUCAUUCACGACGCUGAACUCGGUAUCAUCGAGUACACAGAUGAAUAUGUGCCCGAAGACCCUGUUGACGACUCUCCAGUACUGAAGACAGUUUGGCAACGUGACAUUUCGGCUGCAAAAUUGAUCUUGUACAGAGGGCAUUGCGAACUCUUUGGACAUCGGCUGCAUGAUGCGUUCACACGUCAACACCUCGUGUAUCCAACAUGGAUUCGACAUGCCAACAUCAACAUUCAUUAAUAUCAAUAGAGCCGCAAUUUAUGUUUUAUUUUUCAAAAGAAUUUAUGUAACAGUAUGUUAUUUGUAGUUGGUUGAGGUCUUAGUCUCCCAGACAUCAUCGAUACCAGAUAUCGAUGGCUAUCUAUAUUCUAUAGUCUAUAUAGAUGUAGGUAGAGUACAGGAUAAUUCCUGUAGCUAAUUGAGACAGGAGUUUUUUCAAAAAACAGAAGAAAAAAAUGUAUAAAAAUUUAAUAAAACAAUUGAUCAAGUAGAUAGAUUGUAAAUCGAAAUGAAAUGCUCACAAUAAAUCGGGGUAAAUAAAUGAUAAUAUUGUACAUCGACCAUUUUUAAUAAAUAAAUUGAUUCCAAUGAACA